UUUCCUUGACUUUAGUAAAGCGUUUGAUUGCAUCAACCAUGGUAUACUUUUAGACAAGCUAUUUUCGUAUGGCUUUCGGGGAGUUUCAUUUUCAUUGUUAAGGUCAUAUUUUGAGAACCGUUGCCAAUAUGUUUCCAUAAACGAGCAUAGGUCCUCUUUGCUUAACAUUAAUUGCGGUGUUCCCCAAGGAAGCAUUCUAGGUCCCCUUUUAUUUCUUUUUUAUAUAAACGAUAUAGUUGCUAUUGACUCUGAUGUAGAUUUUAUUAUUUAUGCAGAUGAUACAAGUAUGAUCAUUUCUGAUUCAAAUAGUGAACGUCUUAUCAGCAAAACAAAUAAUGUCCUUUCAAAAUUAAAAACCUGGUGCAUAAACAAUUCCCUUCAUAUAAAUGCUAGCAAGAGCAAGGCUAUAAUAUUCCAACUACAUUCCAGAACUCAAGCAACCUCAUCCUCUCUUCUGAAAUAUGGCACUGAUAUUAUUCAAUAUGUUGAAAAUAUAAAAACUCUUGGUGUAUUUUUUUCUUAUAACAUGUCUUGGAACGACCAUAUUAGACACGUUCGCACUAAACUUUCUAGAAUAGUGGGUGUGUUAAAUAAAUAUAGAAACAUUUUACCCACAAGUGUCAAAAUUCAACUUUUUAAAUCACUAUUCUAUCCCAUCUUAUGCUACGCGCACCUAGUGUGGGGGUCUACCGGCGCAACGAACUUAAACUUGCUUCGAAUAUUGCAAAAAAAAGCUCUACGAGCCAUAGCUAAUGUCUCUUCAACCUCUCCAUCCUUGCCACUGUUUGAGAAGUACUCCAUACUUGACGUUUCAAAAAUGUAUCCACAACGAUUAAUAUUAACAUUCCAGUCUGCCAUGAAAGGUAAAUAUGAUACUUUUCUCGCUAUUGCGGACCUUCAUUUGCACGAUUCCAUUCGUCAAACACGUCAGAUACAUCCAUGGCAUAUACCACAAUCACGAACUAACUUUGGACGUCAAAGAAUUAAACAUGCACUUCCCGAGCUACUAAAUCAUAUCGCAUUAUUAGGAAUUGAUGUUAUGUCAGUGGGCAGAAAUGAUAUCUCUUGCAUUGUAUAA